CCAAAGAAGGGUCACACUCCUGUCGGAAGAAGGGAGCGGUUACUGCAACGCAAUACUAGCUACAUUUCAGAGUAUAAUACUGUUUGUUAUUAUUAGAAGAUCGCCGAUAUCAUAAGGUUUAUCCCAUUACAAAUACAUCGAUAUGGAAUUAUCUGAAAUCCUGUAUAACAAAGCAGAAUAUAUUGAAACGGCUUCAGGCAACAAAGUGAGCAGACAGUCUGUGCUAUGUGGAAGCCAGAACAUUGUACUCAAUGGAAAAACUAUUGUAAUGAACGACUGCAUCAUCAGAGGUGAUUUGGCCAAUGUUAGGGUGGGAAGACAUUGUGUUGUCAAGAGCCGAAGCGUAAUCAGACCACCUUUCAAAAAGUUCAGCAAAGGAGUUGCUUUUUUCCCUCUGCAUAUAGGGGACCAUGUGUUCAUCGAGGAAGACUGUGUUGUCAAUGCCGCUCAGAUAGGCUCCUACGUUCACAUUGGAAAGAACUGUGUCAUAGGCCGUCGUUGCGUGCUGAAGGACUGCUGUAAGAUCCUCGACAACACGGUGCUGCCCCCUGAGACCGUGGUGCCGCCCUUCACCGUAUUCUCCGGCUGCCCAGGGCUAUUCUCUGGGGAGCUCCCCGAAUGCACCCAAGACCUGAUGAUAGACGUGACCAAAAGCUACUACCAGAAGUUCCUGCCCCUCAGCCAAAUCUAAUCACCACCAUCACCACCCCCACCACCACCUCAAGAACCUAGGAACCUUGGAAUAAUCACACCAUAGUCACAUGCAAAUGUAAUAACUUUUCCCCGCUUCUUCUUCUGUUCGGUGCUCUCAGUUGCCUUGGGCAGCAGUGGUUUGCACAAAGUUCAACGUCAAUGAACCGCUUUGUUCGGAGGAAAAGCGUGUUGAAAAGCAGCCGUCAUCCUUGUUUUUUCCCCGCUUAUUUUUGGAUGGAUACUUGUACUUUUUAAUCUUUCAAAUGUAUUGAUUGCGUAAGGCUUAAUUUUUUCAAAUGAGACAUUUUCUGCUUUGUAUAACUUUGUUUGACGUGUCAUUAUCCUUAGUGGAGCUUACAGGUGCCCACAGUGAAUAUAUCUCAUAGUAUUUGAUUCAACCAUCAGGAUUUGCUAAUUUGCUUGAAAACAAGUGAUGUUAUUUAUUUUCUGCUUACAUUGGCCGUUACCUUUCUCAACCUGCUACGGAUAUAAAUGUACAUUGUAUGUCUAUUCAUUUGAUGGGGAGAAGUGGCAAGUAGAAUAAUAGUAGCACAUAAGAUAUAAAGUUGACCGAGGACUGAUGGGGCAAGGCUUGUAUUAGGUUUAGCCCUUUUCUUAAUUUAUGGACCAACCGGUAAAUGGGGCUGCAUUGUUUGCAGUCAUAGCUUAGUCCCAACUUGAACGUAGAUUGAAACCAUUUUCAUUGUUGUCACAUUAAAGGGCCCCUAUUUUACCACAAGGUGUGAAUGUGAUUAGCCAUUUAAAUCGUACCACUUGGUACAUUCCCCUGGGCAGGAUAGUAGACGGAUCUAUCCAGCAUGAAACUGGGUGCACACUCCCACUUGUGAUAUCACAAUGUCACAGGGCAGGUCCUUAAAUUGACUGGAAUGACUCACAGGAAUGCUGUGGAUAUCGUUGAGAAACACUCUCUGGUUGUUCCUGUUGAACACUACUAAUCUUUUAUUUAAUAGCGAUUAUUUAAUAUUGGCCAUGUUUUCUUUCAAGUAAUAACAAUUGGUGUAAAUUAGCCUAGGCAGUUUCAAUUUUGUCUGUUUAAUAACCACUUAUUAAAAACCGCUCGACAAGUUUGUACAUUUACAACAGACUCGUGGGAUACGUAAAUUUAGCGUUGUUUUCACAAAGUCACAAAUCUGAAACUGCUUUGGAAAUAGAUUAAUGCUCUAUUGCCAUCUAGUGGCUUGCGUCCAUAGCAUAGACUAAAGGGCUAUACUAAUUGGAUUUUUAUCAAGAUCGGAACUAGUUAUGACAUGAUUAUUUGACCACUCAAUAUUAAACAAUGUUUUUAAGCAAUAUCAAUUGUAAAUAUUUACAAAGAUCCUAAAAGUCACUUCCAACAGCAGUGAACCUUGAUAAAUAUUGUAGAUUCGCCAGUCUGGAUAAGGCCUACUCUGGAAUUCAGUGUUUUAUUGCAGUUGCUAAAUAAUCAGCAAGAAGCUUGAGAUUUCCUCAUUUUUUUAUUAAACAUAGUACAUCAAAUUGCAAUUCAAUGGUUUAGUUUUAUUUAUUUCACAAUGUGAACAACAUAUAUCAUACCAACACCUAAAUGUUAAGUAUAUAGAUUAGCAAUAUUUUUUAACAAAUAAGUAUCAAGAAAGCGCUGAUAAUAGUGUUGGCUCCAGAGAGUCGUGGCAUGAGUGGGCCUUUUAGGGACAGAUGUGAUGAAGACCUCUGACUGGUUAGGGGAGGUGAAGAAUGGGAAAUAAAACCUGUUGCCCAGGUCAUUAGUGGGCAUGGGCAGGAAGGCAAGUGUUAAUUGAACAGAUGCUAAAACCCUAUUAGGAAAAGCCUGUCGAGACCAAGUAGAUAAUCUCAACAUACUUCAGGGGGUGUGAAUCACAGCUGCUUCUUGGAAGUAUGCCCCAAAUGUCCCCACCCAUUUACUAUUUGAGAAAGGUCUACUUUGAACUAUGUACCAAGAGCUUAAUGGAUGCAGCUGAACAUCAGAGGUCAUGCCAUGGUGUUUUAACAGUCGAUUAAACCCAAGUACAGCUAGAUCAAAUGCCCUGUUGGAAUUGUCUUCUAAAUUCAAUCCUCCUUUUAGCAUAGCAUCAUCUUAAGCAGCAUGAUUCUACACUUUGUAACACGCACACACAAAUGAUUUUCAUGGCAAAGAUUCUUAAAAUUGCACCUCUGUCCUGCUCCAUUACUGGCUGCUUGACACCAUUAAUGAGGCGUCUGUAUCCUGCAACGAUCCCAUUUCAAGUUUACUUGUCUAGAUCCCUUCACAGCAUGUGCCAACAUAUUUUCAGUAACAUGAUCACUUCCCAUGUUCCAUUUAAUACCAGAUUUAUUUGCUAUUAUGCAAUAAUGAUAGAUUUACAAAAAGCCUAAACAUGCAUUGAAUAUUUUGAUCAACAUGUAACCAGUUCAAGUUUGGCAUACAAUAAAAUAACAAUGUACCAGAUAUAAACUUUGAAGGGAAUUAAACAAGUCUUCUUAAGUUGGGCGUUGUACGAGGCGUUAAAAUGGCAUUGCAUUGACAUUAUAUAAAUAUAUAAUAGCAUUGCGUGAUGAGAAGUUGCACUGCACACAUGUGAUUAGGGCAUACUUUUUAAUCGUGUGAAUUCAGGUCUUCUGAGGUUUCGUUGGUUCCGUGACAACGCUUUGAUUUCAGCACGCCAUUCAGCUGUAAAUCUUUGUUGUUACGGCAAAACUUUCUUGGAAAAUCCAUCCUAUGUACUCCACUUUAUACCAAGACAAGUAUCUUAGCAUAACUUUUCCAAUGCACUUUUCUCCUCUGCUCUCCUCACCUUAAAGCUUUGAUAAAUUAAGUGGCUGGUUUGUUGGGUAAGCACUCGUGGGUGUCUGGGUUCUUUUGCAUUGCUUAUCAAUUAUCUCUCAAUAAGGAUUACUUGAGCCUGUGCCGAGUUGGGCAGUGGUUUCAACGAGGGCACCACUGGUUUCAAAUGGUUCAUUCUAAACCAACCACCACGCCAGGAACACGGCUAAUGCAUCGUAUCGGCUGAGGAACCCUGCAACAUACUUAUAAUGCAAGAGUUUAACUGUUUUGAUGAGUUAGGCCGUGUUCACAUCUAGAGGUUUUUUGAAUCAGCCAGCGCUCGUUUUACAUUAUAUUCCUAUGGAGCAGAGCGUUUCUGGAAAAAGUCACGGCCGUUUUUUUAAACGCCUCUCCCAGCGUACGGAGCGUUGAAAAAAGUUCAACUUUCAGGAAGAAAGCGGCCGACGUCAGGCAUCUGUUGGGCAACUGACCAAUCACAAGCGGAUCAUGGACACAACGCUCAACUGUCAAAACAAGAAACGAUGAUGGACAAAUCACUCGGGAAAGUGCAGGUGGAGUGAUUAAUAGUUUUAAUUACAGAACAUGUCGAGAUCUACGACAUGUCUAAUGGGCUCUAGCCUGGACGCGUAGUAGGCGGGUAACAUCGGGUCUAGAAUGGGUUCGUUGCUAGGCGAUAGAAAAAACGUUCACUGCGCUUUUAGGAAAAGAAACGCUGCCAGCUUUUAUUUUUUUUUGGAAAAACGGUCGGCUCAACUUUUCCCUAUUCCAAAGAACGCUAGAUGUGAACACGGCCUUAGGGGUGAAAGAUAAGUGCAAAGAAUCCGAUUAUUGCAAAUGUCAUUUUGAAUAUUCACACGUCACAUAAACCAGCAGCUGCAUUGUAAUGUUGGGGGCGGGGUCACGAGGGCCGGGACGACAGAGGUUUCUUCGAACCCUUCAAAUAAGAAUUAAAAAAAAGGAAACCAUUCACAAAAAGGUGAAUUUAAACUGUCCAUAACGGUGGCAACAAACAAAGUUAAACACU